AUGAACAGUACGGCCCCAGGGAGGCUGGUCAUAGGGAGAGUGAAAUUCUUCCGCCGGCACCGCGGAGAGGUCAACUUCUCCGCCUUCUCCCCGGACGGCCAGACGCUGCUCACAGCCUCUGAAGACGGCUGUGUGUACGGCUGGGAAACCCGGAGUGGGAAUCUGCUGUGGAAGUUGGGUGGCCACACAGCUCAGGGCUCUCACCUUCAGUCUGGCCAGGUGCUGCGCCACUUAGCAGGGCACCAAGACUCCAUCCAGAGCAGUGACUUCGCACCCAGCUCAGACUAUCUGGCCACUGGUUCCUGGGACUCUACCAUUCGCAUCUGGGACCUUCGGACAGGGACCCCAGCGAUCUUCCACCAGGAGCUGGAGGGUCACAGUGGCAAUGUCAGCUGCCUGUGCUACUCAACAUCUGGCCUGCUGGCAUCCGGCUCCUGGGACAAGACCAUCCACAUCUGGAAGCCCUCGACUAGAAGCCUGCUUAUCCAGCUCAAGGGUCACGCCACCUGGGUGAAGAGCAUAGCUUUCUCCCCAGAUGGGUUGCAGCUGGCCAGCGCGGGCUACUCCCCAAUGAUCAAAGUCUGGGACUGCAACACAGGAAUGUGCAUUGAAACCCUGAAGGGAGCCCUGGAUGUGGCCUACGCUUGCACCUUCACCCCAGAUGGGAAACUCUUAUUGGUGUCUGGAGCUGUUGAUUAGGCAAGUUGCCAAGUCCCCCGCAAGAUCAACCACCCAGAGCCUCUAGUGUAACAUCGCCACACAAGGCUCUCAAACCUCAUGCCCCUGCCUCUCCCUGCCCAGGACGCUUGGGGCCCGGAGAAAGCAGAGUCAGGGCCAUUCCAUGCCACAGGCCCAAAGUAACCAUAACCGAGCACCCAGCAGAUCCUUGUCAUGGCCCCACA